AUGGACAGUAAUAGUGAUAAAGUAAUAUCAAUGAUUGAAAUUGCGGAUGAUGGUUCAACAAGUAUUGAUGAUGACAUGCAGGAAGUUGAUUAUAAGCAACGAUCUCGAACGCAUAUAGCACGUUCAAGUGCUGGCAGUACGAGUAGUACUGGUACAGCAACAAAUACAGGAACAAAACGUCAAAAAGAUAUAUCACCAUGUUAUGUAUGUGGAGCAAAAGCAAAUGGUUAUAAUUUUGAUCAAAUUACGUGUGAGUCAUGUAAAGCAUUCUUUCGCCGAAAUGCAUUAAAGUCAAUGGAAAAAUUUCGUUGUCGUAAUAAUGAUAAUUGUAUUGUAACAUCAGUAACACGUAAGCGUUGUAAAAGAUGUCGUUUAGCUAAAUGUUUUAAAGUUGGUAUGCGAAAAGAAUGGAUAUUAACAGAUGAAGAAAAAACUUUAAAACGUCAAAAAAUUGUACGUAAUCGUUUAAUUAAACAACAAGCACAAGUGAAUCUUCGACAACAAAUAAAUGAUUUAGGUCAUUCAAAUGCUCAAACAAAUAUGAAAACAUCAGAAAAAUCGUUAUCUAAAGUUGAGCAACCUGUUAUGAGUUCAUCAUCACCAUUAAUGUAUAUGAAACCUUCACCUGAUCAACAACUGUAUGAACGUCAACAAUGUUUACUUGCAAAAUUAUCCGAUGGAUACCAAUUAAUCACUAAACAAUAUCCUCAACCGAAUAAAUUUAUUUAUCGUAAUCAAAUUAUAUAUCAAGCAGAAGAUAUUGAAUUAAAAGUAUCAUUAAUUAAAGAUUUAACACGAGAAUUAACACAAAUGACAGCAUCACGUUUAUUACAUUAUUUUAAUUUAAUACCUGAAUUUCAAUUAUUAACACAACAAGAAAAAACAUCUAGUCUUACACAAAAUUUGUUAAAAGUUUUUAUGUUUCAUGGAGCAUUAACAUAUCAUGAUGAUAAUGAUACAUUUGUUGAUCGUACAACAGCUGAUCAACCUUAUGAUGCAAAAUAUUUGAUACAUGUUUAUGGAACAGCAGUUUAUACUAAUCUUAUAACGUUAGCUAAACGGUUAAAUUCUGCUAUAAAUCAAUCAAUAAUUGAUAAACAAUCAGAGGAAAAUGCACAUAUAUUAUUCUUAUUACUUAUGAUAAUUCUCUUAUUUUCAAAUGAUUUUCACGUUAAUACAAUUGAAGAGAGUCAAUCAAAAUUAUAUAAAAUUCAACAGAAUUAUAUUGAUAUAACAUGUCGAUUUUUACAUGAUCGAUUUGGUUUUGCAAAUAGUCGACAAAUGUUUCAAAAUCUUGUUCCUGUACUUAUUGAUCUUCAAAAAUUAUGUUCAUCAUUAGCCAACGUUAGUUUAUGUGAAAUGGUUGAAGAUGAUGAUCGAUCAGUAUCACCAAGAACAACAACAACAACAUCGACGGAAAUUCAUAAUUCUGAACAACAAUCAAUUCAAUCAUCACCAAUAUCAUCUUCAUUAGAAUUUAAUUCAACAAUGAUUAGUGGUACAUCUUAUAUGAAUGAAUUACAAAAAGAAAAUCGAGCACCAUCAUCAUCAUCAUUAUCACCAAAUGUUCGAUCAUCACAUACAACAACAACUACAGCACUUCAUGAUUAUACAGUAUAA